AUGUCUCUUUCGAGACGCACCGAUGCCGCCUCCAAGUUUACGUCGUCGGGGAGAUAUACCCCAGAGGCCAUGAUAGUCAUAACAUGUGCCACUAUCUCGCUGUACAAUGGCAUCGAGCUGCUUCUCCUCAUCUUGACAUCAUCCAGGCGGCACAACGACCUCUUCUCAUGGAGUCUCGCCGUGGCUUCUAUCGGUGUACUGCCGUAUGCCACUGGUUGGCUGGUUCGCUAUUUCGAUGUUAUAGGAGACGUUGCAGACCUGCUCAUAAACGACAUUGGCUGGAUACUCCUGACUACCGGCCAAGCUCUUGUUCUAUAUUCUCGACUCAACUUACUCGUCAAAAACGUCACCAUUUUGAAGGUUACCAAAUGGAUGAUUAUCCUCAAUGCUAUUAUAUGGCACACAACAGUUACGGUUCUCUUGUUUGCUAUCAGCACGCAACAAAAACUCGACCGCAACGGUGCCUUCAUCAAGGUUCAAAAAGUUCAGUUGGCAUUCUUUUGUGCGCAAAAUUUCCUACUUUCAGGUCUUUACAUUUGGAAAACGAUGGAGAUCAUCAAGAGAAAAGAAGCCGAAAACCAAACCACUCGAAUAAUCUGGCACCUGUUUGCUAUAAACGUGGGAAUCGUGCUAGUCGACGUCACCCUCCUCGCUGUAGGCUUUACCAACAAUUUCCUUUGGCAACAGGGCAUAAAGGCAGUGGCCUACUCGGUAAAGCUCAAGGUUGAGUUUGCUAUACUCGGGAAACUUCGCGAUUAUGUUCACAAGGGAGGAGAACUGAUCGGUGCUGAGCGUCCUAUGUUUGGAUUCGUAGAGAUGGAGCCUGAGCCUCCCUCAAGGAAGCAAUCGACACAACCAUCAGCUACCCCUGAGGCUACACAUUUAGAAAGAGUGAGGAAGCAGUCGAACAUUUCUGCUGCGGAGUCGUCGCGCAAUCGAGAGUUUAUGCCUGAUGAGAUCGUGACCGAUCAAAGCGAAGGUAUCAAAAGGCGUACACUGGAUAAGGGUAAAAGUAAAUGCAUGGAUGAUUGUUGCAAUACUGGCGUUUCGGCUUCAAAAUAG